AUGGGAAACAUCUUAAACAAGUUCUUUCACACGAGCGGAGAUCGUACUGUCGGAGAGCCGAUCAUUUCCCCGUUGCGUCUAUGGCAUAUCCCGCAAGCGGCUCAGUCGGGCUACCGCGCUUUCGAGCCAAUGGCGUUCAAGGUCUAUCUACGCACAGAGCACGACCAAGGCGCUUGGUGGCGGCGCUUGGCCAUGGCGAUCUUACAACGCUUCGAGUACUACCUCAAACUGGUUGUAACUCUCGCCGAUGUGCAAAAAGAAGCUUUGCAGAUCGACGGUGGUAUCGCGGGAUGUACCUUUCAACACGGGGCCGAUCAUACACCUCCGAAGCCAGGCCUGGUUGAGGAUGUUGUGUGGAUCUGCUUCAGCCUAUUGCGCAACUUUGUCAGAACGUCUGAACAGCGUCUGCGCUGGGCAGAGCUACUGGCCAAGAACGCUAAAGCGAGACAGGAGGCAUUCGAAGCGUACAACGAACACGAACCUUGGCACAGGGAUCUACUCUUGGACAUAUGGACCGAUCCCUUGGUACAAGGGCGCGGGUACGGAACGGCGCUCCUGCAAACACUGAUAGAUAAGGCGGAUCAGUCGGGCCGCGGGAUGUGGCUCAGCGCGCCAGAGGUUAACGUCCCGUUUUACGCUGCCGCCGGGUUCUUUGUUGCGGCACGGUUCGAGCUCGGAGACCAUAAUCCGAAGUGGUCGCAUGAGCCAAUAGGGGCGGUGAUAAUGAUGCGGGGUGCGAGGAUUCAAGUUACAGCUCGUGCUACAUGA